AUGUCUGAGGAACUCUUUUGUUUAAAAGCAUUUGAUAAACAAACCAUUAACGAAGGCAUGGAAAUCAAUUAUUCAACAGGCGAUAGUUUUGUUCAACUGGGAAAAUACUUAGCACCACCAAUUUAUAAAAAUUCGGCACAGAAAAUCCUAGAUGCUUCGGUUAGAAAGGAUGAUGUAUGCUCCAAGAACUAUUUGAUUAAACACGUUGACUUUGUAAAAUGUCCAAAUACUGGUUUGAGCAUACCACGAUAUGCAAAAGCGGUUCCCUCCUUAGAAGUUUUGGCAAAACUAGAUGAAAACAUUCAAAAUCAACUUAUCCCGUUGUUUUCCGACACUCUUGGUUUUGUUGAUAGCUUAUCUUCACCAAGAACCAUAAAGUCACACCUAACAUUUGAACUUUUGCCUGAGCAACUUAUAAGCGUAAAACCAAAGAUUAUUUAUGUUAUAAGAAAUCCCAAAGAUGUUUGCGUUUCUUUUUAUUUUUUUUGCAAGAAUUUACUAAGCAUGGAAAUAGAUUUCGAACACUUCUGCGAAUUAUUCAUUAACGAUGCGUUGAUUGCAGGUUCAAUUUUCAAACAUUAUUUCUCAUUUUGGGAUAGACGCCAUGAACUAGACAUACUCAUAUUAAGAUAUGAAGAAAUGAAGGCAAAUACUUCAGAAGCAAUAAAACAAAUUGCCACAUUUAUUGGAAAAACUUUAUUGGAUGAUGAUGUUAAGGCGAUCAGUAAAUAUUUGAGCUUUUCAAAUAUGCAAAAAAAUAAUGCCUGUAACUUGAAAAGAAAUAAACCCUAUUUUGCAGAGAAGGAACUACUCAUUGAAAAUAAAACUGUAACUCAGCCUAAAAAAAUAACUGAAUCCAGACUAGACUAG